AGUUAAUAAUUGAAUAGAAAAAGAGAUACAUGCACUGGAGCUUCAAUGUCCCGCAUUAGUCAAUGUCGCACAUUACCCUAAUCCACUUUAUCCAAGCUUUUAUUUUGAAACCCAGAACCGGAAACCUUUGCCAGUGUGAGGGUCGCUUGUCUGCAGCAGGUGCGGCCCGUUAUCAACAACAAUUACAACCGGACCGGUUAACAGGACUCCGGUAUAUCCAGACGCCAUGCACCGGUUCUUCCUAAUGCUCCUGGCCGUGGCCGGGGCUUCUGCUCUCGGCCUCCACAGGUUGGAUGUCUCCCUCCCGGCCGCCGGGCCCUGCCUCGCCCCGCUGCAGUGGGAGGGCAGGUGGGUGCUGUACGAUCACAGCACCGGGAGGAACAACCGAGCCGCCGUCUCCUAUGACAGCCAGAACCAGAGGAUCCGAGUCCUGCAGCAGAACAAGAAACAUACGCCGUGCCAGAGGUUCUUUGAAUACAUCUACUUGUACCAGAGUAUGGUGAUGUUCCAGAUUAACCAGAAGACCAAGGAGUGCUCAAAGAUCGCUCUGACAGAUGCCUGGGAUCCCUUCGACAUUCCAAACAACUCCACCUUUGAGGACCAGUACAUCAUCGGAGGCCCCGGAGACAACGUGGAGGUUCAGGAGUGGUCAGACAGGAAGCCGGCACGCCAACAUGAGACCUGGGUUGGUAUUUACACACUGAAGGACUGCUACCCAGUGCAGGAGACCUACACCAGGAACAGCAGUGUCACCACCUCCACCCGCUUCUUCAACCUCCAACUCGGCAUCAGCGACCCCAACGUCUUCACCCCGCCCAGCACCUGUCAAUCAGCCCGGCCUGAGAGAAUGGCCGAGUCCGACUGCUGAAGCCUCAGCAACCCCUUACCCUAUGACCUUAGAUACUCAACAGGAGUCUACUGAUUAUCUUUUGUACAGCUGUUUUUAUUAAUUUGCUGCUAAUGUGCUAAAACUGGUAGUCAUCAGGACCAAUAAGUCCUGUUUACUGCAAAUUAACAAACUAGAUUACAGCUAAUGGUACCAACUGGUUGUAUUGGGUUUAUUAAAUGACUCUCUAGAUGCUAAAAAAUGUUGUUGGGGCUGGGAGGGGUUUUUUUGCAACCAUUUGAUAAUCUUUAAUCUCCAAGCUGCCAACUAGCUAGGUCACAAUAAUUUGAGGUCAAAGUUUUAGGUUAUUUCAGACCCACUCAGAUUUUUCUCAGACAUGCAGGGAUCUCUUUUAGUUAAUAGUUGUGGUUGUUUAGAAAAAAUCAAGAAUGUCCACAUAACAGCUGGAAUAAAUUUGUCGCUACAGUGUCAGGAUAGCUUAUAUUUAAACAUUUUCACUAUUGAGCAAUUAAGCAACUUCCAGAAAAUCCAUAAAAUACUGAGAUCGCAUUGGCCCUGGUGUCUUGUAGCAGUGAUAAAUCUAACAGACUGCACAAAAGUAGCCCUGCAGGCAGUGAGAAAUGACAUGAGUGUUCAAAACCAUCAUCUGGUAAUGAGUUCAAAAACCACUGAAGCUCUCCUCACAUGAUUGAAAAAAGUUUCUAAGCCUAUAUUUAAUUCCUGCCUUUUGUCUGCAGCACAAGUUAAGAGCACAGAACUUCCAUUCAAUCAUUCUACAUACUAUAUUUGUAAGAAUACCGUCCAGUUUACCAUCAAAAUAUACAGAACACUGUGCAUGCAGACAAUCAAAGCUUAACUCAUAGAUUCAUAGAUCUUGAAAUAUACUCUGAACACCAUUUCCACAUUUUUCAGCUGUCACCAGAUCACAAACUGAUCAACAAACUAUUGAUCAUACAGCCUGAUAAGCGCUCGGACAAUUCAUUAAACACAGUAUGAGCUGUCUCACGUGUUUCUGGGCAAAACUACAAAAUACCAACCACCUUUUUAAAAUCAAGAGGCUCUGACAAGAUCACUACAUGCUAACAGCUAAUUCUGCAUUCUGAACUGAGACGUUUCUUUCUUAGGAUAUUGAACAUUCGCCGCCCAUUAAAUGUGAUUUUGACAUAAUUUCGUCCUCAUGUGCAUCACCUAAUAAGCUUUUUAAAAUUGAUUUUAUUUUAUUGAUCGAUA